UUUUUUUCUCUCUCUUUUUCAAAAGCGCAAAUACACAUUUUGGAUGAAUUUGUUUACCAUCGAAACAUUAAAGUUGAAAUUUUAGUGUAAAAGCGAAAUAAAUAAGCAACAAAUCAACAGAACCUCACAUUCAUCUUUCUUCUUUCAAACUAGUCUCUCUCUCUCUCUCGCUGCCCCGCCCUCCCCGCCUCAACACCCAAAUUAUUUCCCGUCUCAUUUCUUAAUAUAGCAAUCAUGACUACGACAGAUAUCCGCCAUUUGUUAGGAGAUACAAUAGUCGAUGCCUGGAAUCAGGAAAAAGUAACGCAAUGGUUAGAUGAAAAAGGUUGGGGCCAUUUCGCAUCUACGUUUGAAAAAUACCACAUCUGUCACGAUAAAUUCUUUUCUAUUACGCUGGCGGAAUUAGUCCAAUAUUUGCCCAGGUAGAGAGAUACAGAGUCAGAUGAGUUUAUAUAUCAACCACUUAUUCAUUAUGUAUAACGGCGAAUUACUAGAACCAUGACAACCUAUUAUGAGAGACGGAGACUUUUAAAUGAAAUCAGAUCUUUAAUACCACCUGCACCCGGUCAACCCGCAAAACCCACACCGAGCACACCUACCAAUAUCUCCAUCAAUACAAACGUGCAUGAAUACUGCAAUGCCAAGCUGGAAAUAAGGUUAUUAGAAGGGCAGAGAGUAGAAGCCGGUGGUGGUGGUGGUGGUGGUAGGGGCUGUGGAAAUAGCCAUAGCUUGGAGGAUGAAGAAGCAGCAACCACGACCACAAGCGAAGG